AUGCCAAGAUUAUGUCCAAUUUCUAAAGCCGAAAUUAAUGAUCUUUGUGAAAAGUUGUUGGCUAAAAAUUCAGAGUAUUUGGAGCGAGAGGAGGAUAUUGGAAAUAAGAUUAGCCAGUUAAAUGCGUCCAGCGCUAAAGUUAGAUCCCAACUUAUUUCUGAACGGAAGUCUCAUUCUGAGAGUCGACGUGAGCUUGAAGCCAAAUAUACUGCCGAAAUCAAAUCGCUUAAAUCAAAUAUUAAAACACUAAAGAGAGAGGCAACUUUGGCCCAGAAAGCUUCGUCCGCUGACAAGGUUACAAUUCUAUCUCUUGAAACUAAAAUACGUGAAUUGGAAGGUAAGUUAGAGGACAUAGAUCUAGAGCGUACAUAUCAUGAUUUGGAUGUAAUGGGAGGGGUGAUAGAGGAGCCAGUCCAAAUAAGUUCAUCCGAUCCUAAAGAGAUUGAUUCUCUCAGGCUUGAAUUGAAACGAGCAAAUGAGGAUCUUAGUUCAAAAGAAUAUACAAUAGAAUGUAUGGGAAAAGGGAUAGAGUCGUCAGAUAGCAUAUACAAACGGGAGCUGGAUAUUCGGUCUUCAGAACAAUUAAAAUUGAUGGAGGAAAAUAGAUUGCUACGCAACCAGUUAGUGUCAAAGAAAGAUAAUAAAGUAAAUACUCCGCCCCGCCUAUGA